AGGAUAUACUAGUUAUCUGUAGUCUAACAAUGGUAUGGGGUAGGUGUGGUUGCGGUAAACGCUACACUGGUGAAAGCUAGUGUAGUUGUUUCUUGUUGUCUUUGUCUCUGGUUCGUUUUCUGGCAAGUACCUUAUCUAUUCUAAGGAUGCGUUUGCUGAUAUCUCUGCUUUCUCUAGGAUUUUCUCUCUAUUUGGUUGGUUUUGUCCACUGGUGUUGCUCUCUCCAUGGCUUUCAGUGUUCGAUCCUAAUCGUUGUUGGCCUGUUAUUAGCCAAUGACUUACUUUCUUAUUUUACUGCCUCGAGAGUAAGGUACGGGGGUAUAUAGGCGUUGGUCUGCAGCGGGAUGAAGGGUAGUCGCUGGGAGUUAUUGACGGUUUCUUAUAGCUAUCUGGCAUUUCCU